AUGGUUAAUUAUUUAUGUGUUAGACAAAGAUUAUUAUUUCGAAUAACAUUAAUUAUAUUCUUAGUAAAAAUUUAAACUUUUUUCUUCAAUUAUUAUUUACUUAAUAACUUUUCAAAAGAAAAAAUGUUUGCAUAGUAAAAAACUAAGAUGACAGAAGACAGAAAAUAUUUUGAAAAUCUAGUUGAUAAAAUUCUGAGCUCAAAUCCUAGUUUUAUCACUUCAUAUCACAUCAAUUUAGAAUAUAAGGAUGUUGGAGAUAAAGAAAUUUCAGAUUUAGGGUCUGCUUUCUCAAAAUGCUAAAAUCUAUAAAUUCUUUCAUUGAAUUUAAAUUUAUUUGAACAAUAAAUUAAAAGUUGGAUGAAACUUAGAUCGCAAGGUUUACUAAGCUUUUGUUUUGCUUUAGAACAUCUAAAUAAUCUCAUAGAUUUUACUUUAAAAUUAAGCUCAAAUAAUAUUGGCUAUGAGAAUAUUGAAAGAUUGGGAUCUGUUUUAGCAAGUUUUAAAUAAUUAUAAAAACUUCAUCUUGAUUUAAGUUCAAACAACAUAGGAAAUUUGGGAGCUUACAGCUUAGCUAGUUCUUUAAAAAAUAUGUGUAGUCUCACUGACUUGAAGUUAAAUUUAAGAUAGAAUUUUAUUGGUGUAAAAGGAAUGAAUUAAAUAUUUGCCAAUAGCUUUUAAAUUUCAACUUUAUCUCUAAUUUUCAGUAAUAACGAGGUUGAAAAAUAUGGAGAACCUAAUUUAGGAAUAGGCUUAGAAAAUUGUAGGAAACUAAUAAAUUUAAAUCUUGAGUUUACAAAUAAUAGUAUUGAUGACAGUAAUGCAUCUAGCUUAAGUUCUAGUCUAAAAAAUAUCCCUAAUCUCUAAAGAUUGUCUUUAAAUUUAAGUUCAAAUAGUAUUUCUGGAGAAGGUUGUUAAAUUAUAGGAGAGUCAUUAGUAAGUUGUAAUAAAACCUCUGAAUUGGCACUAUAUCUAAACUCGAAUAGAAUUAAAGAGCAAGGAGCAUCAAGCUUAGGAAAAGCUUUAGGAAAUUGUCCUAAUCUAUUAAGCUUGACAAUUCAUCUUAAUUUUUGUGAAAUUAAAGUUUAAGGUGCUACUAAUUUAUGUAAUAGUAUAAUUGGAUUUCAUAAUCUAAAAAUACUGGCACUUAGUUUUAGUUUGGGCGCAAAAGACAAAAAUGAAUUAAAAAAUAUAUAAUUAAAAAUUAAAAAAAUGAAGAGAUUGGUUUUAAAAAAAUUAAUUUUUUGA